AUGAACAACGGAUCAGUCAACACUCCAAUGCCUAGAUCAGGAACAAGGACACCUUCACACACCAAGAUCCGACGAAGCUCGCCGAAGUCCAUCACCCCUACCAGAGGGUCCGUCCCAGCAAACAGAAGUAAAAUUGGUAACAUGCUAUCAACUUCGAAGAACGACAGUCCUCGAGGCAGGAUAUCAAGCAAGGGAACUCCAGCUGCUCAGGUUUCUGUACCUCAAACUUCCUCAGAGGCAAUUUCAGAACUUGUUCCAAGUAGUCCCGAAGCUUGUACAUCUCGGCCAAGAAAGCGGCAGAAGACUGCCCAACGGCCGGAGCCCAUACCUGAAGAUAUAUCGUCGAGCCAAUCCUCUGCACAUUCUCCUUGGCGUCGUCUCAGACCUAUUGUGGUAAUAGAUGGCCGUGAUCUCUGA